GGGAAUACCCCCAGCCACUGAGAUUUGUCUACCAAAUUUGAACUCAAAAAGGCAAAUGAUGAAAAAACAACAAAGUUGUAAACAGAUGAAAUCCCAUAUUGGAUCAAUGAAGCCUCCAGAAAGCACAUAUUCAGCAAAAAAAAGCACUUUGACCAUCAAUAACCAUAAAGUUUUGGACAAUAAAAAUACUUCUGAGAGUGAGGUCAUUCCUGAUUCCAGAGGCAUCCAGAGUCCUCCCUUGAAACAGCCAGCGUGGGAACUUAAUAAAGACAGUCUUGAGGAGGACCAAGCAGAAGAAGAACAAAUAGAACAGUCUGUACUUUCUUUACAGAAGAUCCCUGUGCUUGAUGAGAAAAAUGAAUCUCCAUUAAAAGAAUCCAGCCAACAACAAGAGUUAUGUGAAGAAAGCAAAAUAAACAAGGCUUUUCCUCAACUGCAACUUACUGGGUUACCUCACCAUGAAACGGACCCCAGAUUACAUUCAGAACACCUGGAGUUAGAAACUGUCACAGUAAAAAACCCAAAAACAAGUAGCCUUCAGGUAGAAAGAGACAGAACACUUCACAUCUCAGAUCAAAAUGUAUUAGGAGUGUUAUCUGCUUUCACUGACAACUAUAUACCUGGCUUUGGUGAAGAAAUACCAAAUAGAAACCUCGGAUACCAAAGACAGACAUCUGUUAAUGGUGUGACUAAGUGUCCAGUACAGCCAUGCAGAUCACGCAUGGACCCCUUGUUUACGGCACCACGUAUGCUUUUGUAUAGUACGGAUCUUUCUCCUGUUGUGACUCUUAGGGACUCCCGUGGCACUAGGCAUACCUCCUGGACAGAACCUGAAAACCAAGAUAGCAAAAAUAGCCUGAUCAAAGCUCUGAUACCAGUCCAGGCAAGGGUAUGUGGCCGUUUAACUCAUGGGAAUAAAUACAUAAAUUAAUAAAAGUUCUAUCCUGUUCAUUUCACUACCUCAGUAACAUUAUUAUCCUUAAGGAGACAAUCUAAUCAACCAUUUUGUUGGACAGCAAUAGCCAACAACAAACUUCAAGAACAUAAGUUUGUAGUAAUGAAGAGGAAUCACCAGUCAACUUAAUCAUCAGUUUUGAUUUAUCUAAUAUUUUCUAGACAUAUAACUUGCUAAGAAUUAAAUACUCCCCAGGGGGUGUGGUGCUUGUUUACACCUGUUUUAUGGGCUCCUGUCUCAUGUGUGUUCUAAAUGUCUGUCGGAUGUGUUCUUAAUGUGCUUUGAGUUAUUCUCCCACAUCUACUUGUUUCCACUGAAUAUUUUGCUAAAGAGGAACCUAAAGUUGUUUCUUUACAUUAUGUCUAUAAAUACAAAGUAUUUGCAGAAAUGUAAUUCAAGUUAUGACAGUCCUUUUAAAAAGAAGUGAAUCUAAUUUAACAAUUUAACAAAAAAUACAAACAAGGUGAUGUAGAAUUAAA